UGUCCCUGUGGUCUCUAGCAGUCUAAAGAAUUUUCUCACAAAUUCUACAGUAGUCGAUACGUUCGGCGCGAGGGAGAGAAUUCGCGGAACGUGUUUGUCAAUCGGGCACGUAAAUGUUAUUCCUGUCCUAUAACAGCCACGUGUCACUCUUUACCGUGCUGUCAUUCAUAUCACAAUUGCUAUGCAAAGUCGUUGUAACGUUUAUACCGUGUUAUAUAUGAUGUAAUUAUAUAGAUAUGCUUUUGAGAUGUCAGGUCACUUUUCCCUUUACCAAGAGAUCUGACAAUGAGUAGGGCUUUAGCGGAAAAACAACAAGUUUUAAAUCAGCCACGCAAGAUCAGAGGACAAAAGACUCUUGCUAUGGGUAUCGUCGUUUUCGAUCAUUAUUACGACGUUGUUAAAAGAGUGUCAUCAUUGGCUGGUCAAUGGCCUUAUCAAAGGCCAAAAACGAGAUUGCUCUGUGUUGGCUUGGUGACCCUGAGUAUACUUUCGAUGAAUGUUCCACAGAUGGCUAAAUUUGUGACAUGUGAGAGAGAUUUGCAAUGUAUUUUUGAAACUAUGACAUCCUUAAUGUUAGCAACUAUGUGCUUGGUGAAACUGUACACGUGCUACAUUAAUCGCCACAAAAUGAAACAUCUCACCGACCAUUUGUUUGUCGACUGGAAUGCAUUGGAAACGUCCGAAGAGUACAAAAUUAUGACGAAAUAUGCCAAGAAUAGUAGACUAUACUCGUUGGGAUACUCGCUGUAUUGCUUUGCAGCUCUCUGUCUAUUUUUGUCGAUGUCUCUCAUACCGCCACUAUUGGACGUUGUGUUACCCCUCAACAAAUCCCGCCCUAUUCUACUGACGUAUCCAGGAUACUACUUUGUCGACGAGAAAGACUACUUCUUCUACAUCUUCUUGCACGCUGUCGUAGCCUGGGAAAUUGCUAUGACUGGAAUAGUCGCCCACGAUUGCAUAUUUGUAACUUACGUUGAGCAUGUUUGUGGUACAUUUGCUAUAGUUGGAUUUCGUUUCAAACGUUUAUUUUGUAAUCGCGAUAACCAAGUGAAAACACAAAGUAUCGGUAAUACAUACUGCAAGAGAGUCGCGUUCAUUGUGCACGCGCAUCAAGAAGCUUUAAGGUACGCGCAACUUCUUGAAGAUACGUUUAGCGUACCAUUCGCUAUGCAGAUAUUGAUAGUAACGAUAGGGAUGAGCAUCACAUUGCUACAAAUUAUGCAGCAGAAGGACAGCAGCAAUAUUUUAGAAACAAUGAGGUACGCGGUGUACGUCAUUGGUGAACUGAUACAUUUGUUCUUUCUCUGUUUUGAAGGGCAAAAGCUGAUAGACCAUAGUCUUCAGAUACGCGACAAAAUCUAUAACAGCUGUUGGUACAAAGUAUCCACAAAGUCACAAAAAUUAAUUAUAUUGAUAAUGAUUAAGAGUCUGCGACUGAGUUUUUUAAGCGCUGGCAAAAUCUACAUUUUCUCUCUGGAGAGCUUCACUACGGUUCUACAAACUUCAGUGUCGUACUGUACGGUACUCGCAUCCUUUCAGUAACAGCCGUUCCAUUUGACUAAUUGCGCGAUGGCAUCA